AUGCCUCCAAAGAAAAGAGGCAAGCAUUCAUACAAAGUCUCUGAGGUUACUCAACAAAGUAAGAGAUCUACACAAGGCCAAGGUGGACAUGCAGACCAGUUGAAAAAAGCUGGAGAAACCUUAGUGGCCCCAGCAAGAAAAUGUCAGAAGGAGACUACUCUUGACAUUAGUGAUGCAGAAGAAAAUCCCAUGGUUCCUUCCCAACUCCAGAAACCAAAGAAAAAAUCCAAUGAGUGUACCCAUGAGGAGGAGACUGAAAGUCAAGCUCCAGAAUAUGGUAUCAGUGACAACAACCAGGACCAGUAUCAAACUGAUGGGGAAAAUGAGGAAAGGGACAGGGUUCAGGACCAGGAGCAAAUGCUCAAAACAGGUGAUACCAUGGACUUCAGACAAUGCACAGAUAAUUUGGAUAGUGAGUACAAUGGUGGAGCUCAGGACGAUUUUAAUAAUCAGGAUUUUGACUAUGAACUCAAUGCUGUGGGCGAUUUUCUGAAUCAAGGUAUUGAUGGGGAUUUUGAUGAUGAGCCUGAUGCUCAGGACAAUGGUAUUGAUGAUGAUUUUGAUAAUGAGCUCAAUGACACAGCCAGAGACAAAACAGAGGAAAGUGUUUUAAUUUUUGUCUUGAGGAAGUUUUUGAUGUUCUCAAGUGUCAUCAAAUGA